AUGGGGUUUGAGCUGGGUCUUGAGCUCCAACAGUGGUGGGAGUUUCUCCUGCAGCUCCACACUGGAGGGGGUUUAUCGUGCAGGUCCUACAGUGGAGGGGGUUUCUCCUGCAGCUCCUACAGUGGAGGGGAUUUCUCCUGCAGCUCCAACAGUGGUGGGUGUUUCUCCUGCAGCUCCUACAGUGGAGGGGGUUUGUCCUGCAGCUCCUACAUUGGAGGGGGUUUGUCCUGCAGCUCCUACAGUGGAGGGGGUUUCUCCUGCAGCUCCUACAGUGGAGGGGGUUUCUCCUGCAGCUCCUACACUGGAGGGGGUUUCUCCUGCAGCUCCUACACCGGAGGGGGUUUCUCCUGCAGCUCUAACAGUGGAGGGGGUUUCUCCUGCAGCUCCUACACUGGAGGGGGUUUCUCCUGCAGCUCCGACACUGGAGGGGGUUUCUCCUGCAGCUCCUACAGUGGAGGGGGUUUCUCCUGCAGCUCCUACACUGGAGGGGGUUUGUCCUGCAGCUCCUACAGUGGAGGGGAUUUCUCCUGCAGCUCUAACAGUGGAGGGGGUUACUCCUGCAGCUCCUACAGUGGAGGGGGUUUCUCCUGCAGCUCCUACAGUGGAGGGGGUUUCUCCUGCACUCCUACAGUGGAGGGGGUUUGUCCUGCAGCUCCUAAAGUGGAGGGGGGGUUCUCCUGCAGCGCCUACACUGGAUGGGGUUUCUCCUGCAGCUCCUACACUGGACGGGGUUUCUCCUGCAGCUCCUACACUGGACUGGGUUUCUCCUGCAGCUCCUACACUGGAGGGGGUUUCUCCUGCAGCUUCUACACUGGAGGGGGUUUCUCCUGCAGCUCCUACACUGGAGCGGGUUUCUCCUGCAGCUCCUACACUGGAGGGGGUUUCUCCUGCAGCUCCUACAGUUGA